AUGCUUCGAUUGGCGGGACAUUCAAGCGCUGUCUUGCGUCGGCCACGAACGAGUAUUAGUAUUCGUAUCCGCGCCUUUUCGGCAAAGGCUGACGAGAAACCCAAGGGGACUCCUUACGCUAGUCUCAAAUUAGGAAUCCCCAAGGAGACCUUUCCUUUGGAGAAGCGUGUCGCUGCCACUCCUGAAUCCAUUCAACGGUUGACCAAGCCUGGGUUUCAGGUUGUGGUGGAAGAUGGCGCUGGAGAAAAAGCUUUCUUUUCUAAUGCUGAUUACGAGGCUGCUGGUGCCACCAUUGCACCAGCAGAACAGAUUUGGAAGGAGUCUGACAUUGUCAUGAAGCUUCGGCCACCCACUGAUAAGGAAGUCGAAAUGUUGGAAGAUCGAACACUGAUUAGUUUCUUGUACCCUAAGCAAAAUGAAGGUUUGGUCAAGAAAUUGCAGGAUCAAAAGGCUACUGCCUUUGCCAUGGACUGUAUUCCACGUACUCUCUCCAGAGGUCAAACCUACGAUGCCCUUUCCAGUCAAGCCAACAUAUCGGGAUACCGUGCCGUUUUGGAGGCCUCCAAUGAAUUUGGACGUUUCUUUGCUGGUCAAAUGACUGCUGCUGGAAAGGUUCCUCCUGCCAAGGUAUUGGUCAUUGGUACGGGAGUUGCUGGUUUGGCAGCUAUUCAAACUGCCAAGAACAUGGGAUCCGUCGUCAGAGCCUUUGAUGUUCGACCAGUGACCAAGGAACAAGUUGAGGCCAUGGGAGGACAAUUCUUGGAGGUUGACUUUGAAGAAGAUGGCUCGGCAGCUGGAGGAUAUGCGAAGGAAAUGAGUAAAGAGUGGCAUGCUGCAGCAAGAGCAAUGUUGACCAAGCAAUGCGAAGACGUCGAUAUUGUCAUUACCACUGCUUUGAUUCCUGGUCGCACUGCCCCCAUCAUGGUAACUAAGGAGAUGGUUGCCAAGAUGAAGUCUGGUAGUGUGACGGUCGAUUUGGCUGCGGAAGCUGGAGGAAAUAUCGAAACCACUGUUGCCGAUAAAAAGAUUGUGACACCCAAUGGAGUCACUUGUAUUGGAUACACUGAUCUUCCAUCGCGUCUACCAACUACUUCUUCUUCCUUGUACUCCAACAACAUUUCCAAGUUCUUGUUGAGCAUUGGUCCACACACAUCAAAGGAACCAAGUUAUUACUUUAUUGAUCACGAGGAUGAAGCUGUCCGUGGAAUGCUCGUUGUCGAGAAUGGAGAAAUGAUGUACCCUGCACCAUUGCCACCACCACCACCUGUAGUCGCAAAGAAGGAGGAAGAUACCGUUGUAGUCGAGAUUGAUCACAAGGCUCCUUACUUUACAGGUGCCAAGAAUGCUGCUUUGCUUUCUACUUCCAUUCUUGCUAUUGGAGCAGUCGCUCCCAAUGCAGCCUUUUCCUCCAUGUUUACCACCUUUGCCUUGUCCAACAUUAUUGGUGUGCAAGUGGUUUUGGGUGUUUCCCACGCCUUGCAUUCUCCUUUGAUGGCUGUCACAAACGCCAUUUCGGGAACUACUGCUCUUGGAGGAAUGCACCUUUACGCUCAUUCCAAUAGUGCCGUUGCUUCUAUUUUGGGAGCUACUGCUACCACUUUGUCGACUGUGAACAUUGUUGGUGGAUUCAUUGUCACAACAAAGAUGUUGGAUAUGUUCAAGCGCCCUGAUGAUCCUCCAGAAUAUUACCAUUACUAUGGAGUUCCAGCUGCCACAACCAUGGGACUCUACACUAUUGGAACGUUGACUGGCAAGUUCCCUGAGAUUGAUGCCUCUGCUGCAACCUUGUCGGGACUCUUGUGUAUUGGAGGAAUCGGUGGACUCGCAUCCCAACAAACGGCUCGUCUUGGUGCAGUCUCUGGACAAAUGGGGGUAGCUCUCGGAGUUGCUUCAACGCUUGGUCACAUAUCUCCCAAAUUCUCCACUGCAGCAGCCAUUGCUGGUAUGAUGGGUGUCGGAGGUAUUGCUGGAAACAUCAUUGCCAAAAAGGUUGAUCCUACAUCCUUGCCACAAACUGUUGCAGCCUUCCACUCGUUGGUUGGUAUCGCAGCUAGUUCUGCCGCAGUUGGUGACUUUUUGAACGCAGCACCCGCUACCACUGAACUAGAUGGUGUGCAUCUGGCAAGUAUCUACCUUGCUACUGUAAUUGGAUCUGUCACUGCCACUGGAUCUUUGGUUGCCUUUGGCAAGUUGGAUGGACGAAUGUCCUCAGCACCUUUGAAGCUUGAGCGACGCGACCAAAUUAACAUGGGGCUUGGUGCCGCCACUCUGGGUGCCGGUGCCGUCGUCAUGGGAGCCCCCGAGCUCGGUGUUGGAAUGACUGCAUUGACCAGUGCCUUGACAACCAGUGGAAUUUUGGGAUGGCACAUGACUGCUUCCAUUGGUGGAGCUGAUAUGCCAGUUGUAAUUACAGUUCUAAACAGUUACUCUGGUUGGGCCUUGUGUGCUGAGGGUUUCAUGUUGGAUAUGCCUCUUUUGACAACUGUUGGAGCCUUGAUUGGUUGCUCUGGAGCUGCGCUCACCAAGAUCAUGUGUGAUGCUAUGAAUCGUGACAUUGUCAGUGUCAUCCUAGGUGGAUACGGAACGAAGAGUAACUCAGGUGGUGGCGAAGCUAUGGUUUUUGAAGGAGAAGCAACCAUGACUAGUGUUGAUGAGACUGUCAGGAUGCUAUCUGAAGCUGAAAGUAUCAUUUGCGUCCCGGGUUAUGGUCUUGCCGUUGCCCAUGCUCAGUAUCCACUCAAGGAAUUGGCUGAGACCUUGAUGAAGAAUGGAAAGAAAUUCCGCUUCGCAAUCCACCCAGUUGCUGGUCGUAUGCCUGGGCAAUUGAAUGUUCUCUUGGCCGAAGCUGGUGUUCCAUACGAUAUUGUGGAGGAAAUGGAAGAAAUCAAUGACGACUUUGCUAGUACAGAUCUCGUUCUUGUCAUUGGUGCUAACGAUACUGUCAACUCUUCGGCCGAAGAUGAUCCAAACUCUCAAAUUGCUGGAAUGCCUGUCCUACGUGUAUGGAACUCAAAGCAAGUCAUUGUGAUGAAGCGAUCACUUGCUGCUGGAUAUGCAGGAGUGGAGAAUCCGGUCUUCUUGAAGGAUAACACUGACAUGCUUUUGGGAGAUGCUAAGGAUACAGUGGAGAAACUAUCUGCUGGUAUCAGGGGUGUAUAUCCAAAAUAA